CUGAUUGCAUUAUCGGAUCAGAUUUAACCUGCAGUGCAACAAUAUAGAGUUAAGUACUCUUGUUUAUGCUAUUUUCAGGCGAACAUUAGUUGCAGUGUAGUUAGAUAACUAGUUAACCAAACAUCAGCAGCAGCUUUGUUAUUUCACUGGAUCCUGGGUUUUCUGUGAGGAACGUAAACAGACGAUUUCUGAAAUGUCUUCAGACGAAGACAGGGCCAAGGAAAUUUUGAAGGGCUUCAAACUAAACUGGAUGAAUCUUCGGGAUGCAGAAACGGGCAAGGUGCUGUGGCAGGGAACCGAGGACCUCUCUGUACCAGGAGUAGAACAUGAAGCUCGCGUCCCGAAGAAGAUCCUGAAGUGUAAAGCCGUGUCCAGAGAACUGAACUUUUCCUCCUCAGAGAAACUGGAGAAAUUCAGGCUGGAGCAGAAAGUUUUCUUCAAAGGACAAUGUCUAGAAGAAUGGUUCUUUGAGUUUGGUUUUGUUAUCCCUAACUCCACCAACACGUGGCAGUCUCUGAUAGAAGCGGCUCCAGAGUCCCAGAUGAUGCCGGCCAACGUUUUAACUGGAAAUGUGAUCAUAGAGACCAAGUUCUACGAUGACGACCUCCACGUCAGCACCUCCAGGGAGCUGAACAUCCGUCUCAAAUGGAAGCUGCAGCUCAGCGUCUCUCCUGAGCUUCUCUCGAGAAGUCUUCAUCAUAAAACACUAGAUAACAUGUCCUCCAGCUGUGUCCCAUUCCAGAGGCCUCCUCCUGUGACUGCUCCUUUUCCUGACAGAGUACAUCAUCAUUUAUAGAACACGACAGGUGUAAUGGUGUGUAGUUCUCAGUAUCCCAAAAUCCUUUGCACUAGUCAGUUUUGGUUUACCUGUCAGAAAUUCAGAAAAUUGUUCUGUUCUCAGAGAAAUGGAGGUUAUGUUGAUUCAUUUGGACACAUUUACUUUGUCAGACCAUCAUGUCAACUCUGAAAUUUCCUCUCUGAUGAACUGAUGAGGACUUCCUGAGUGCACUGGUUCAUGGUGGUCUCUGUGAGGCCAAGUAUUGGAACUGCUGAUGUAGCUUUAGUCCUCUGUGGGGCACACCUUCGCAGGCAGCCUCUGAAGUCGGACACAGCUUCUACCAACCACACCUUUCCUGUUUUCUGUCUACACGGCCCAGUGUAGAGCAGCGUAGCGUGAUGGAGGACCAAGCGCCUGUUUUCAUUCCUGCCUAACACGAGAGCCGCUGGUUUAACUGGAUCGCUUCUUGUCUUGUGUUGUUUGAAAUGAAAACCUUGCACAAUGUUAUCAUGAUGACACCUGUGUGAAAAGCACUGUGUCUGAGGGACAUUCAUCAGCAAACACAAGGGGGGGGGGGGGCUUCAGUACGUACAUUUAUGUGCCCUUACUUGACUUUCAAAGGUACGCUUACUUAAAAGAUUCAACUUUCGACUAACCGGUCAUCAGGUGUAGACCGAGACGUGCAUCAUUUCUCCACAGUAGAUCACCUGUCUAUAAUUUUAUCCCAACU